CAAGAAAGAGGAAAACGCAGUUUCAGACAGCAGCAGAGAGAGAUGCAGAGAUAUGACAGAGAUGCUCACGCCAGUUCAUUGGCAUCAAACAACAAUGUGCCUCAUGAUAAAACAGUCAUCAGUUUCCGGCUCUCUAACUGUCCACCCAAUGAGGAUGUUUGUAAAGUUAUAGAGUUCAUGCAUGUGGACGAGACCUCUGGACAAUGGACACAUGAGUCUUUUGAUCCGGGGUCAAUUCAGUUUGGUUUAACUCAUCACCAGUACAAUUCAAGUUUCUUGGAGAAGUACUACUCUAAUGGAGAUAAAUUUCUCACUGUGUUUCCAGAUGCUUCUGCACAAGUUUUCUAUCCCUCAGGAAACUUGGCUCUCAUCAUUCUCAGCAGCAAGAAGCAAAGGAUCUGUAUCAUUCAUGAUGACAUGCCGACUCCUCUCUGUCCAGUCAGAGCCCUCUUUCAGUCUAAUGGCAGAGCCACUUGUUACCAUAGCAACGGCAGCAUUUGGUUGAGUAUGGAUGCUUGGGGUGGACGGAGUCUAGAUGAAGGCGGGAGAAGGAUCAGAACAUGGAACUGGACAGACAAGCUCAAACACCAACACCCCUGA